AUGGAGAAGAAGAAGAAGAAGAGGAGUUACAGAUGGAGAAGAUGGAGGAGUUGCCGUCCGACUGAGGAGGAAGACUGGGACGCACGCACGCUGGUCCUUGGAGCAGUUGAGCGAGGAGAGGCACUCGGGAGCUAUGGGCUGGCCUAUAGAGGAUUCGGGUCAGGUCAUGACGAUGGGCAAGACGAGCAAAUUGCCUAUUGGGUUGUUCUUGUUGUAUUUGAAGCCCAAAUUCGCCAAUGGAUCUUGCUGCAUAAAGUACCCAGUCCGACAUAG